AUUUUUUCUUUUUGUAAUUUCUCAUCAAAUGCAUUGAGACAAGAGGUGGAAAAAUGCAGGCCGCAUUUGCGUCAAGGUGCUUGAGGAUGAUGAAUCCCUCCGCCUCUUCUCGCUUUUUUAACCAUAUUUCGCAGGUAGCUCCGAACCCACCUCGCGUUUUGCUCCACUCCAAUCUGAGCUCCAUCUUCACCGGAGCUAGAAGUCUGUCAAGUCAACCUAGGUGGCGGAGCCCCGCCGGAACGACACUCGUUAAGAUCAAUGGAUUCCUCUCCGAUUUCCCCUCAAAACCUCCUCAAAACCCUGUUUCCCCUCCAAAUGGUUUUGCCUUGUUUUCGACAGAGGCAAAUCCAGCACCAAAGCAAGAGCAAACGGCGUUGUUGAAGAAAACUGGAGCUCCCGUCGAGCAAGUCACUGAUGCUAAAAUAAUCGCAACCCUUGCCAAGUACAUAUGGAUGAAAGAUAAUCUUGAAUUUCGGCUUCGAGUCAUUGCUGCAGUGGGCCUUCUGAUUGGCGCCAAAGUAGUAAACGUUCAGGUGCCUUUCUUGUUUAAGCUAGCUGUUGAUUGGCUGGCAACAGCCUCAGGCAAUGCGGGUGGGCUUGCUGAGUUUACGGCUGCUAAUUCUACUUCUUUAGCUCUUUUUGCUACCCCAGCUGCUGUUCUGAUUGGAUAUGGUAUAGCACGGUCAGGGGCAUCCGCUUUUAAUGAACUGCGAACUGCAAUUUUCUCUAAGGUGGCAUUGCGAACAAUUCGACAGGUUUCCGGGAAGGUCUUUUUACAUUUGCACAAUCUUGACUUGCGGUAUCACCUCAGUCGAGAAACAGGUGCUCUUAAUCGUACGAUCGAUCGUGGUAGUCGCGCUAUAAAUUUCAUUCUUUCAGCGAUGGUCUUCAAUGUUGUACCUACUGUAUUGGAGAUAUCAAUGGUGUCUGCUAUCCUUGCCUAUAAAUUUGGAGCACCUUUUGCAUGGAUUACUUCCUUGUCUAUGGCAGGAUAUAUAGCUUUUACAUUGGCUGUGACACAGUGGAGAACCAAGUUUAGGAAGGCAAUGAAUAAAGCUGAUAAUGAUGCUAAUACACGUGCAAUUGAUUCUUUAAUUAACUACGAGACCGUCAAGUAUUUCAACAACGAGACUUUUGAAGCUAAUAAAUAUGAUGAAUUCCUCGAGAGAUAUGAAGAUGCUGCCUUAAAAACUCAAAGGAGUCUUGCCUCUUUAAACUUUGGCCAGAGUCUGAUAUUUAGCACAGCUAUUUCAACAGCUAUGGUGUGGUGUUCAAGUGGGAUUAUGAAUGGCAAUAUGACUGUUGGAGACUUGGUCAUGGUAAAUGGGUUACUUUUUCAACUCUCUCUUCCACUCAAUUUCCUUGGAAGUGUGUAUAGAGAAACAGUUCAAAGUUUGGUAGACAUGAAGUCUUUGUUCCAAUUACUUGAGGAAAAGUCAGAAAUUGUAGACCAAGAUAAUGCCAAGCCUCUGAAAUUAAAUGGGGGAAGCAUUGUAUUUGACAACGUUCACUUCAGCUAUCUGCCAGAAAGGAAGAUCCUUGAUGGUAUAUCAUUUGUUGUGCCAGCUGGGAAAAGUGUGGCUAUUGUUGGAACUAGUGGAAGUGGGAAGUCAACCAUUCUAAGAUUGCUUUUCAGAUUCUUUGACACCCAUUCUGGAAGUAUAAAAAUAGAUGGUCAAGAUAUUAAGACAGUGACACUUGAGAGCCUUAGGAAGUCCAUUGGUGUUGUUCCUCAAGAUACCGUGCUGUUCAAUGAUACUAUAUUCCACAACAUUCACUAUGGUUGCCUUUCAGCAACAGAAGAGGAGGUAUAUGAUGCCGCUCGUCGGGCAUCGAUUCAUGAAACCAUAAUGAAGUUCCCGGAGAAAUAUUCGACAUUGGUAGGGGAAAGAGGACUUAAGUUAAGUGGUGGUGAGAAGCAACGUGUGGCACUUGCUCGUACAUUCCUGAAAGCACCUCCAAUAUUAUUAUGCGACGAAGCUACAAGUGCACUUGAUAGCACAACGGAGGCAGAGAUUUUAAAUGCACUGGACUCCCUGGCAACUAAUCGGACAUCAAUAUUUAUUGCUCAUAGGCUCACAACAGCAAUGCAGUGUGACGAGAUUGUAGUUCUGGAAAACGGGCGAGUAGUAGAACAGGGCCCACACGAUGUUCUUUUGUCGAAGUCUGGAAGAUACGCCCAGCUUUGGGCAACACAAAAUUCCAGCAUCGAUGCAAUAGAUGCAGCCAUCAAAUUACAGGCAUAACUUUCAGUCGGUAAAUAAGUACAUAUUUUUUAAUGGCUUCUGAUAAGUUAAUCCAAACUCGUGGAGGGAUUAUUUACCUUGUAAAUUCUGCAGGCCUCUAUCUAAAUCGAAUUGUUUCGAGUUAAAUUACAUUAUUGCGAGUUCAGUUUUGAGCCAAAACAUUAUUGCAAAUACUUCUUAAUCUUACUGUCCUUUUUCGUCUUAAUUGUUUUAAUUUUUUGUUCGGUUAUCUUAUCGUAUUUUCACUACCCGGUUUAUUUUGUACGUACUAUGUUUUAAUUUAUGUAAUUCCAAAUACAAUU